ACCAGACGAGCGUGUCCCCCGAGCUCGCAGCUGUUCCGAGCGCACGUUUCACGCGUAUAUUUCUCCCCUCGGUCCUUCCCAACGACCGUUACACGCUGGUUCAACCAAAAUCGACGAUCAUUCUUAGUUCAACAGGCGCGGGGGCAAUCGAUGUAAUAUAAGUGAAACGAAAACUUGAGUAAGGUUUAUGGAAAAAUCGUUAUUUGAAAGGCGAUUAAACCCGAAUCCAUUCACCCCCAAAAACUGUCAAAAUUUCAAUUCGCAUAAUCGGAAUCAUUAGCUGUGCUAGUGGAAUGAGUUUUGUUUCAAAAAAAUUCAUCAAAACCCUCCCAACAUCGAGAGAAUCGAAGCAAACUAUUGUUGCUGCUUAAAUUAUACGUAAUCGAAAAAUAACGGUUAAAGCGAUCACAAAAAUGACAAACAUAACGGAUUCUAACAAUAGUGAAAACGUUCGAUCAUGAUAAACGAACGUCGUUUGUCAAAAGGUCCAAAUGGACCGUGAGAAAAUAUUUCCUCCCAACGUGCGAUGAAAUCCCGAAAAAAUUUUCGACGCGAACAAACCAAUUUUAUUCAGACAAAGCAAUAAAAAAUCUAGCCUGAGCGCGUGGGUGGUAAGCUGCGAGGGUUAAAUUCCAAUAAAGGCAUUUAUCAAAUCGCUAGAAUACCGGAACUUUUUCAACCGCUCAAACGAAGUUAAAAAAACGUCAAUAAAUAAUGUAUUAAACUGUUGCGGAUGAUGGACUACGUCAGAAAAAAUGAUGGAUCUCGACGCGAUAAAGAAAAAACGAUCGUGUCGACAACAGUAAAAAAAAUGUACUUUCAAUGCAAAAAUUAAACGAAAAGUCAAAAUAUCUAAAUAACUUAAAUUAAAAAAAAAUGUGAAUGAACUUCGAGAGUGAGUGAAAGUUUGAGGAAAGUAUUGAUAAACAAUUUCGAUCAGCCAGCACGAAAACUUUAUCCAUUCGCGUGGCUCUAUGUGGGUGUACGCACUUCUGUGCUGCUGGUUCCAUCGACUCUGACCCUUUUGUCGGAUAACAGAGAACAAUAUAUUUGUAGCAAACUCGAAAAUCCAAUUACGAAGCUCGACUUGGCGUCUAUAACAAUUAUCUAUACGCGCCGGAGGUUGCGGGUCGAUACUUAUCCGUUGUAUCCUCAAGAUUCAAAGCGUGGCAUAUACAAUGAAAUUGGGUUCCUCGAGCCGGUAUUUCUCAUCGGUUGUUUGCUGGUGUCUCUAACAUUGUUAACAUCGAUCUCGGGAGGCGAGGACGUUGUUGAACGUGGUUGAAUCGUUUGCUCUUGGCUCUCAACGGGGAUGAAACUUUAACGAGGAUAACCAGCUGGGGCAGAACUUUGCCACAAGGAUACAAUUGAAAUCGUUAUCAUCGAGCAACAAGAAAUCUUCGAGGCCUGGGUUUCCUCUUGGUUGCAGAAAUGCGCGGUGUGGCAACAUAGAAAAACUUGCCUCCUUCGAUAAAAACCGGUGGACAAGUUCCUCAUCCAAUUUAUUUUUUAUUCUAUCAUCGUAUUUUUCUUUUUGCCUUUGCUCUCUGUUUACUCGGUCACAUUAAUUCGUCAGUAAUUACUUCUCCGGUUACUUUAUAACGAGUUUGAGAAAAGUUGCCGAUUAUACGGGAGGUUAAGAAAAAGAAAGUGACCGAGGGAGGCUGUGGAACGAGAAGAACUUACGUGCAAGGCAAAUCCUCAUCGUACUUGUCAACGUUGGCAAAUAUUUUCUCUGCAAACGUAGUAAAUCUGGUGCAUCGUGAUAAUUUCAAGAUGACCUGACCCGAUGUAGGAACGCAGAUAGCAGCGAGGCGACGAUCCCAAGAUUCCGAGAUCCGAAGGACGAGAAAUAGAUAUUCAUCGAAAGAACGAUAGACGGAGAAGGGAAGAGAUAGAAAAAGGAUCGAUAACGGCCUACACAGAGAUAAAGCAAAAGAGCAGCAGAGAGAGGCGAGUGUGCAAAAGUGGGAGGAGGAGGGAAGGCCAUCGAAAGUAAUUCCGUCAAAAUGAAUUCGUCGUAUCUUCUUGGCGAGGACGAAGAAUGGGGACCUCGUUAUUACUUCACUUACUACAGCCAGUUUGGUGAUCGAAAAGGAGCUAGCGGGGUCGAGGUCGUUGUCCUAGCUGUGACGUUCGUUGUAGCUGUUGGUACGAAUCUUGGUAUUGCAGCUUGCGUUUUACGCUACAAGGAAAUGAGAACGCCCACGAAUCUGUGCUUAGUUAAUUUGGCUGCUGCAGAUUUGCUCUUUUCGUUUGGUGUACCUGCGGUCGCCUACACCAGGCUGACCCAGUCUUGGCGUCUUGGUGAAACCGUAUGCAGAUUGCUACCAUACUCACAGUUUGUGUGCGGUUUCGUGCUGCUAUGGACACUGACACUGAUAUCAAUGGACAGGCAUCGAUGUCUUGCAGUCGCUCCUUAUAGAAGCGCUUUAACGGGCUCACGUGUACUCGCAGCGAGUUUGCUCACUUGGAUCAUUGGCAGCUUGAUAUUUCUACCAGCUGCUUUCUGGUUCAGGCCAAAGGAAGUUAUGGGCGAUGUGACGAUUUGCACAUUGGUUUUUCCGAGGAGCGACGUCGUCAACAUAUCACUUUGCUUCACAAUUCCGAUAAUCAUAGUCGCCUGCCUAUUGCCAAUGGUUCUUCUUGUUUAUCAUUAUCAGAGAAUCUUUCAGCGCAUCCUCGACACGAGGAGCCGGUGGGCCGUUUCUUGUGUCACUCAAGCUCAAGAGUCCGGAUCAGGCGGGCGAAGAGAUUCCGAGCUUUCGGUGGUAGGUACAUUGGUACCGUGGGCCGGAAGAAAAUUAUCAUCGGCUUCGGUGACGGGUCGCCAAGGUAGAGCGGGGAGUUUGUCUCAACACGAAGAAGUUCGGCUGCACAAACACUUGCGAGUCGUUAGAAUAUUACUAUUGAACGUGGUUGCUGUGCUCGUAAUGUGGUUACCGAUAACAACGGUGAUGUUACUGAUUUACAUAGACGGUCGUAGGCCCAACGAGGAUACCGAUUUUUUCUUGAAAUCUCAUCACUUCAUUUGGGCCCUGAUAACUGCUCAGCUCAACACCGUUAUUAAUCCGUUGCUUUACGGAGUUUUUUCCGAAAAUUUUCGCGCCUGUUUCGCCAAACUUUGGGGCCGCAACAUUACGAAUGGCGCGACAGGAAGUGGCGAACGAGGAAGUGGCGGCGGUGGAACAGGCGGCGCCACUGGCACGAGAAAAAGCGCGAGAUCGUUCGAGGCACUGCAGGACCGAUUGGCCGCUUCGAGGAGCGGCGGGAAUGUUAAAAAUGCAUCGAGACCCAGUAAAAAGAGCUCGAGUUGCAGCAUCGGUAGUAUAAUCGAAGUACCAGCCUCGGAAAAACUUUAAACCAUCGAUGAAACUCAACGUGAAUCGAAAGUGUGAUUCGAAAUAUUUUCGAGUUCUAGAAGAUACUGAGACUGAGGAUCGGAGGUGUGAUUCGCAAUUUUAUUCUCUCUUAACAUAUGCGUUUCAUGUACCAACGAUUCGAUUUUAGAUCGAUCGAACUCAAAUAUAAAGCUUGUGAUUAGUGAUAUUGUAUGAGACACGUUCGCAGUGAUCGUGAGAACAAUUGUUCUAUUCAAAUGUUUAGUUUCUUUUUCUACAUUACGAUUGUACAUUGUACAUGAUUUUUCUUAAUUUAUUUGUAAAUUUGAAUGCAAAAUUGUGCGUGAAAUGAUGGAAGCAUUCGUAUCGGAUGAAGGAUUAUAGAAAAUGUAAAAAUAUUCUUGAUAAUGAUGAAACUACGAUUGUCUCCAUUUUUAUCUCGGCAACAAUUCAAAAGAAUAAUUUUUUUCGUUUUAAUUAUUUCUUCUUCGAGAUGUGACUUCAAAAUAUCGCUGGUUAUCGCAAACUGAAAAACUCUACCGAAACAUAUUUGAAGAAAUCAUUUACAGAAGUUCCCGUUGGCGAGACGUCAGAUAAACAACCAAAAAAAAAAGUUAGUGAACCAAUAAACGUAAGAGAGUCGAAAGAUACGAUCAACUCGUAAAUAUUGCAGGUAACGAAAAUACGAAUUAUUUCCGAAUUAAUUGCAUUUUAGUUAGUUGAAAUACACCGAUACAUCGUAAAAACUGUUCGUAAAAAAAAUACCGAAUUUAAUACAUUCUUGGAAAAGGCACUAAACGCCUCUUUUUCAGCUUUGAGGAUGAAUUAUAGGGGAGACCGAGGCGGGUUGGGUAACUUUUCAAAGUAUUGCUUGUAAACAAAGAACUAAAGACGAUUUCAAAAACCAAAUGGUUUUCUCUAAUAGAAACAACCUUCCUCUAUCUCUGAUAAAAAUUUCAAUUUUUUAAUUUAAAACGAAAUGAGUUAUUGAAUCGCUUUUUUGACGAACCGUUUUUGUGUCAACCGAUCCCACGGUCGGGGCAAGUUGAUACAAGCAUCGGGGCAAGGUGACUAUGGUACUAUUUUUAUCCCAUAAUCAACUACGUAUUAGCGAAAUUAAUAAAAAUGGAUAGUUAUCAAUAUUAUUUAUUUGAUGAUUCGAACAAUGAAUACAAAAUGUUGACAUAAGUGAAUGUAAAGAUAAUUUUUGUCUGUAAGUGUGAGAAAAAGGAAUAUUGAUCCUCAUCCUCGUCAUCAAAAUCAGAAUUGCAGUUUUUACACACAUAAAAUAUAUUUUUACUGGCACACCUUGAGUGGGCCCAUUUAGAGCACUCAUGUGUGUCGACACAUGUAUUAGCCAACACCAUACCACUGUUGACCUACUUACCUCAUACUGCUUUUUUUAAUAACAAAAAGUUCUACCAGCAAAUUAUAGCGAUAAUUGAGAAAAAUACUAUGCACAAUUAUAGUUCAAUAUAUGAAAAUUGAUGUAGAGGAUUAUUCUAAUAAUUGGAAGAAAAAUUAAGGCAGCAAGAGAUAUAUAAAAUUGAUGUAAAAGUUUGGUUUUGUAUCUAGAUUUAUGAAAAUUCUUCCCACAGGAGUGAGAAAGAGGUUACAAUGAACAAUUAUAUCAACCAGGCGUAUGUUUACAUUACGUAGUUUAGAUUUUAUUGUUUAUUAGUUAACUUGCCCCGUUGCUUAACUAGCUCCAGUCUCCUCCACAUCUAAAUAUGCCAAUAAUUUUAUUCUACUAAAAUUUCACAUCUUAACAGUUGUAGAGAAAAAAUUGGAAGAAUUCUACUAUCUCCGAGACUAAAAUGCAUGAACGAGAUCAAUUUUUUUCACAAAUAACUGAAACAAAAUAACAAAUAACUAGAUGAUCACAUUAUCUGAUGGCAUGAAAUAAAUUUGUCAAAUUCAUCGAAAAAAUUAAUAUUUUUUUAGACUAUCCUUUUUGUGAGCAGCUUUUUCUUACGCCUUAGAAAUUUUAAGUUGAUAAUGCUGCACAAUUUUUUGACGAAUACCUUAGCAAAUCUCGCGAUUCGUGUAUUCAGACGACCUUAAAAGGAAAUGAUAGUUUUGAAAAAUACAGCUGGACUCAAAAAGAACACAAAAAUCAUUGUAUGCGACGACAACGAAAACAAUUGUGUAUGAAUAUGCAAAGAAUAUUUUCUCCAAUAUCCUACAUUUUUUCUGAGGAAAACUAAACACUCCGAUCUACUACUGAAAAUUGAUAUUCGUGAAGUUUCAGACAGUGGCAAUUUUUUUCCAGAUUUUCCUACAAUUCCGGAUCGUUGGUAUCUUGAUCCAAUAUAAAAUUUUUGGCAUAAUUAAUACUAUACGCACCCUUAAGAAAUACAUUGUACAAUGUCAUAUUCAGCUAUGAAAAAAAUCAUACGCGACUUCGUCAGCUCGGCCACGAAAAAAAUUAAUGAACCAUAUAAUUUCUGUCUGCAAAAUAUAUUGUGGGCGAAUAUCAAGUUGUACGAAAGAAAUAUAUAUUUUUUAUAUUUUUACGACUUACAAAAAAUAAAGUUAUUUUUAUUUAAAACUUAUACAGUAUUUAUAAAAAAUACAAAUAAUUGAUAUAUAAAAAAUAUAAAUAAUAUAUAUUUCAUUGUAAAAUUUCUUUUUCGCGUAUAACUGAUUCAAGGUGUGUGAAUUUUUUUCGUGAAAACGAUCAGAUCGAUGUCGAUUUAAGAUUGUGUAAAUAUAGUAUAACAUAUGCAUACUGGAUAAACAUAAAUUCCCAUUUUCCCUCUCCCAAAAUGUACAAUUUUGUAAAUUCGAACUAUUAUACAAGAAUAAAUGUAUUUUCUAGAAACAA